UGCGCCCUGUUGAUCGAUUCGUCGCGCCGUCUGAAAGUAUGGGUAAAUCUAAGCAGCCCAAGGUAGCCGUCAAGAAGACGGAUAACGACCUCUAUAAGCCAGUGUUGCGACCCAAGAAUGAGGGAGAGAGUAUCAAGGUUGCCGAGGCCGUUAUCAAACGCAGGGACCGGAAUUUGAAGGCGUUGGCUGCCCGACAGCGCCGUGUGAAGGAGCAGAAGCUCGAGAAGAAGCGCCUAGGAAGAGCUGCUAAGAUGAUUUCGGCCAACUCCUUGGUCGUGAAGGCUCGGGAGAGGUUCAUGGACCGUAGAAGGGCCAAGGUGACCAAACAGAAGAACAAACGUAUGGCCGUCUUGGGCGACGUCAUCCCUGGCAGGGUCUUCCUUGUUGUCCGCAACGAUCGUCGAUCACCUUCAGCCACAGUGCUCAAGGCCCUCCGCAAGAUGGGUCUACGGAAGUAUGGUCACGCCAUGUUCCUCGAGGACUCUCUCGAGAACCGCGAACUCCUACGCAUAUGCGAAACGUUCGUGUACUACGGCGUCCCUUCCCCCAAGGCGAUAUCUGAUCUGCUUCAUAAGAAGGCUUACAUCCAGUCCAAGGCUGGUGAGGGCUACGAGUUGCUCACGAACAACUUGGUUAUUGAGGAGGCUCUCGGUGACAUUAACAUUCUUUCUGUGGAGGACAUCGUUGACGUUGUGAAGGCUGGCAAUGCUGGAGAGAGUCCUAAUCUCGAGAAGUUGAGGCGUGUACUCUCCCUGUUGGUAUCCUUCACCAUGGGUGAUGUUCGUAAGGCGGAUGUUAACGUGCCGACCUCUAAGAUAGUAUGGGGUUAUGUCAAGAGAAUGGACAACAUGCUCUACAAGACAUUGUAAAUUUAUUCCUACGCCACUCUCGUUUACCGUAACAACGACAACAAUCGCCGACGUAGUAACGUUUCUCUCCUUC